GGGUACAAAGUAUUCGAGGCUCCAACUCCAAAUUUUCGCCAUUAUCACUUAAUUAGCAUUGACUUUGAUCCAUAUACUACCUUCUCUAACAUUCAACAAAUCAAUCUCUCAAUAUCCCCCCAACCAAGUUCAACUUCUAGUUCUAGCUAACACAACAAACUCAUCAAUACUAAUCAAUCAAAGCAAAAAUCCUCAAAUACAAAAUACAAACCAUGAAGAAUCUCCACCUACUUUUACCACUCAUCAUCAUCGCCGCCACCACCGUUGACUCAUCAUCGUCAUCUCCAACUGUUUGCAUCAUCGGCAGCGGAAUCGCUGGCUCCUCCGUAGCCCACUUCCUCCGAACAUACUCCACCUCCGCCUCAACCAUCACCACAAUCAGAAUCUUCGAACGACAUAACAUAAUCGGAGGACGCACAGCAGCAGUGACUCUUUCAAACGAGACAUUCGAAGCUGGCGCAUCGAUUCUUCAUCCGAAAAACUACCACGCUUUGAAUUACGCGAAGUACCUAAAUCUGUCCAUCAGAAAUCCUCCCUCCUCCGAAUCCGAUUCAUCUUUUGGCAUCUGGAACGGACGUGAUUUUACGUUCAAGACAUUAAGUAUCAAUUCGAAUUUCAGUUUUUUACAACGUAUUGUGUCGUUGGCGAAUGAGGUGUUGAUUUUCUUUCGAUAUGGAUUGUCUCUAUUUCGGAUGAAUAGUUUUGUAGACUCCACUGUGAAUUAUUUUUUGAGGUAUUACGAAGGUUUUGAGUCGCGGCCAGUGUUUGCUAGUGUGGAAGACAUGCUUAGAUGGUCGGGGCUUUAUAAUCUGACGAGGAGGACAUUGUACGAGGAGUUGAUUGAUGCUCAUUUGUCUAGGCGAUUGAUUGAAGAGCUGGUUACGGUUGUUACUAGAAUCAAUUACGGGCAAAGUGUGAGUAUCAGUGGACUUGCUGGAGCGGUUUCUUUAGCUGGAUGUGGUUCGGGUUUAUGGUCAGUUGAAGGCGGAAAUCGGCAAAUGGCUGCUGGAUUGAUCGGUCAUUCAGAUGUCGAAUUGCAUUUGAAUGAAGAAGUUGAAUCUGUUUCGUUCAUAAAGCAAACAUACCACCUCAAUACCACGAAGGGGAAGAGUUAUCAAUGUGGAAUAACAGUCGUGGCUACACCUUUGGAUGAGGUGAAGAUUCAGUUUCAUCCGGGGAUUUCAAUCCCCGAGAGGAAAUUGCAGCACACCUAUACGACUUUCGUUAGAGGUGUGAUAAAUCCGGGUUAUUUUGGUUUAGGUUCGGUAUCAGAAGUUCCACAACUCGUGGGCACUGUUGAGAAUCCUGAUGUUCCUUUUUCGAGCAUCUCGGUUCUUAAGCAACAUAAGGAGGAUGAUAUGUCUUACAAGGUGUUCUCGCGUAAACCUCUUGAUGAUGCUUUGUUAGAUCGGAUUUUCAGUGUGAGAAAUGAGACGGUCAAGAUAGACUGGGGUGCAUAUCCGCAUUAUCAUGCUCCUGAGGUAUUUGCGCCGUUCAUCUUGGAUGGUCACCAUUUGUACUAUGUGAAUGCUUUUGAGAAUGCAGCUAGUACCAUUGAAACAAGUGCUGUUGCUGCUGAAAAUAUAGCAAGGCUGAUUCUUUCCAGGCUUAAUGGCCAAGAACCCGUGGAUCCAGUGAACUUGAAAAGCUUUGGCGAUAAUGCAUCUGAUGUGCACGCAGACUUGUGAGUCGAAAUCACUUGGCUUUUUGCCAUACAUGUAGAAUAUGCCGGAGUGUUAUCAGGCGUUGAGUGUGUAAAUUUCUACUUGCUGAUACGUCCUACUAAGUUCAGCUAAGAAGUAUAUCGGUACCCUCUUUGUCGCUAUGCCGUUGUGGCAUAAAAGGCGAUAUACACAUCCAAGUUUCUAUGACAAGAAAAUAGCCUUUCAUGUAUUGGAGUUAACUCAGUCUUCUUUUUGUUGCACUUCAAUUGUAACAUUUGCACUAAUAAUGCAAGCUAUUCAACUUUGUUUUAGCUGCAAAUAGCCCCUCAUGUAUUGGAGUUAACUUGGUUUUCUUUUUGUUGCA